AUGCAUAUGUACGAGGCCAUUGCACUGGAUAUUGCGCGGCUUGUUCGUUCUAAAGACACAGCGACAGAUGUGACACAGCGGAAGGAGGAUAUUGCAGACAUUCUCGACAGCAAGGCCUUCUACUUUGCACUCAACACACUCUUGUGCAGUGGUCAAGAAGGACGAGGUUCUCAGGCUGUUCGAGUAUCAGUUGCCCCUGCGCGCAAGAUGAGCACUCGAAAUACGCCAUUGGUCCCUGCUGUCCCGCAACCGCUUGCUGUUGCGGCAGUCUACAAUGCAGUGCGAGUCCAUUACUAUGGCGCAAAGUUUUCCGAGAACGAAGAGCGCCCUGAAUCUGUCAAUCCGAUCGACUACUUCUUCGAAAAGAAUACCGAGAAGCGCAUGUUUGCAGACUUUGUCAAGGCAAAGUUUGCAGCUGGCUUCGUGUUCUUGUCAGAGGCGGACCUUGUCCAUUUAUUCUAUACAAGCAAUACAACACGGCCGAUUAUAGUCCAAAUGCUGAGCGAUGCAACAUCCAACGCUGCGGAAGCCAAGGUCGUCGGCAAGAAAGGGAUUCUCAUCGAGAAGCUGCUAUACAGACUGGACCCGGCGACGCGCUUUAACGGGUAUUACAGGAAGGUUUCGCUUCAGAGUGACAGACAGUACCACACAAGGUUCAAGCUUCGGGGCCUCAUCUGCACGAACGGACUGGUGUUGCAUUUUCUUGCGCAUGACACAACGACAACGCGACGCCAAGCACCCCGCCAAAGCAUCAGGGCCGAUGACGAUGAUGAAGGAGAACACGACGACGACGAGGAUUUGACCCUGUUCCACGAUGUUGACGGUGACUAUGACCUCGACGACGCGUUUCUUGAAAGUGGAGGGGACGAAUCUGGUACAGAUCCGGUCGCAGCUGCGGCAGGGCCCGCCAAGAAGAAACGCAUCACGCUCCCGUCUUCGACGCCAGAAAGUUCAAAGCGGCAGAGGCUGUCGAUACACCAACUGCCACCCACAGACCCUACUGCGACUGCUUCGUCCUCAUCCAGCUCAGAAGCCCCAUCCGGUUCAACGUCAGGCGCGGAUACGAUCGAUGUCACACGCAACACCAUCAACUGGAAGCGAAGUUCAAAGAUUCUGGAAAACGUGGAGGUGCGCUUCAACUCUCCUGGUACUUGUCCACCAGGCGAUACUGUGAUAAUCGGCAUUGACCCGGGUGAGGUUUACACAAUGACGGCGACAAGAAUCGACCCCGCCUUACCUACGAAAAGAGAGUCUUUACGGAUUCGCAGGGCAUUCCUCUACAGGCCUUACAUGCUCUUCAAGCGUCUCCUAGAAAAGCAGAAGGCCGCGGCACGCAUUGAUGUUCUUGAGGCAAGACUGCCCUCAUUUACCGUGGAGAAGAUCGAGGAAUAUCCGGCGUAUCUGGAGGCGCCUGGCACGGACGGCACCGCCGCGACCGCCACGAGAGUCCGCUUUUUAACUUUUACAACAGUCAAUGGAUGCUAAGGAAGCGCUGGAAUCUUCAAAAGGCUCAACAGGCAACGUAUGACUACGCAGUUGCGGCCUUGCUUGACCUUGCCGUUAGCAAGGACUUUGUUGGUCAGUCGCUGAGCUCACAGGACGGUGCAAAAGUGGUGUUUGCGAUAGGAUUGGGCUCUUUUGAUUCGCAAACUGGCAAGCUAAGAAAAAAAAAAAAAGUGUGGCAUACCAUCUCUCAUCCGCACUGCAACUUUUUCUCAUCUGUUUAUUUGUUCCUUGAUGCUGCUGAUAGGCAAAGGCUAUGGGACACACUGUGGUCGGGGUGCACGAGUACUACACCAGUGCUCGGUGCCCUCGUAACCAGUGUAUGGCGUCCUUGGAGUCCGACAAGAGGCGGUCAAAGUACUGCCGAAGCUGUCAAAUGUACUUUGAUCGCGAUAUUGUCGGCUCU